AUGGACUCACGCGCAUGCAUCGAGAUCCCGUGCUACCCGCCCUCAAAAGACGGUCUCCCGCUCGCCUCCCUCUCUCUCUCCCCUUCCUUGCACUCGCCCACCAUUUCCGCCUUCAACUUCUCCAGCUUCACCCGCCUUUUCUACAGCAUGACCACCCGCGACAUUCCCCAGCAGUUCCGCGCCGCCCAGUUCACCCAGUCCGGCGGCGAGCUCGAGUUGCGCGAGACUCGCAUGCAGGACCCGCGUCCGGAGGAGGUCGUCAUCCGCGUCCACGCCUCGGCCCUCAACAGCACCGACCAGAUCCUCCGCAACGACCUCCUUCCCGGCCUCGAGUUCCCGCUCACGCCUGGACAGGCCGUCGUCGGCGAGGUCGUCCGCCAGGCUCAGCGCGGCGAGGGUCGCGUCAAGGAGGGUUCUCACGUCGCCGGUGCGUUCGCUCCGUCCCUCUCCGCUCCGAGCUCGUGCUGA